CUACUUUGCGCGGCCAGCGGCGCAAAAGCGUAGCACACUGGCGCUCACAAACACGAUGUCCCGCGAGAAUGCGGCCCCCGAGGCUUCGCCCAACGAGGCGAGCGCCCCCAAGCCGAACCCGCUCGCGAAAGCCAAGUCCCUCAAGCAGGAGUACUCGUCGAAGAACCUCACGGCCGACGACUGGGCGAAGCGCCACGCGACCAUGGGCUACGACCCGCUCGACCGCGCGCUGAUGGAGGAGCGCCAGAAGGCCGGCGAGGGCAAGGGCUCGCUGACCGAUGCGGAGUACAAGGCCCGCGUGCGGGGCCUGCUCAAGGAGCACAUCGAGUCCAUGGCGGAGAUCGGCAUCUGCUUCAAGCACACCUUCACGAGCGCCAAACUCGGCUUCGCCAUCGCGCUCGCGCGCUACGGCGAGGAGGGCCGCCAGUUCGUCAACGUCGAGGAGACGAUGCCCAACUGCGAGUGCUACCCGGGCCCGCUGAAGCCCACGGACGAGCUCAUCGCCGUCAACGGCAAGGUCAUCCUCGAGCCGACGCAGCACCGCUUCGAGGACCUGCGCAAGGCCAUCGCCAAGGCGCCGCGGCCGCUCAAGAUGACGUUCAUCCAGGGCGAGCGCCGCGAGGAGGCCUUCGAGGAGCAGGAGGAGCGCCGCGCGCUCUCGAUCCACGACAAGCGCGACGCGACAACAGCGCUCGACGCGCUGCUCGGCGUCGUCAAGGAGGCCGCGGCCUUGGCCGUCGAGGCCGCGGACGCCGGCGGCGCCGCGGCGGACGCCGGCGAUUUCGCCGCGGCCAGCUUGAAAGCCGAGGACGCGGAGCGCCACGCCGGCGCGGCCUUCUCGGCCAUGGGCGCGCUGGCGCGCGUCGGCUUCGAUGAUCGCUGCGCGGCGUCCAAGGCGUGCUACGAGGGCCGCGUCGACGCCGCGAAGCGGAGCGUCGACGAGGCGCGCGCGGCCGCGAAGCGCGCGCGCGCGGCCGCCGCCGGCGCGGCCGAAGACGCGACGGCCCAGGAGGUCGACAAAUUCGCGACCCAGGCCGAGCAGGCCCUCGAGGGCUGCCGCGCGGCCCUCGCGUCGCUCGACGUCGCGGCCGCGGAGUCGAAAGCGGCGGAGGCGACGGACUACGCCGAGCGCGCGGCCGCGGCCGCGGCCGCCGGCGCCGGCGGCUCGAAGGAGGACGUCCAGGCGCGCGUGCGCGCCGCGCGGGCCGCAGCCGAGGCCGCCGCCCUGGCCGCGGCCGAGGCCGCCGCCGCGUUCCGGGCGCAGCGCCAGGCCCAAGUCGAGGCCAAGCUCGCGACGCUCCUCGGCGCCGCCACCGCGGCCAAAGACCGCGCCUACGCCGUGACCGAGGACCCGUACGCCACCGUCGAGGUCGCCCAGGGCGCGGCGGACGCCGCCGUGGGCGAUUGCGAGGCGGCCGCGGCCGCGCUCGAAGCCUACGCGAAAACGACCGGCGGCGGGCCGGACGCGCUCGCCGCCGACGACGACGACGACGUCGCCGCGCUCGUCGCGUCGGCCAAGGCGGCGGCGGCGCGCGACGUCGAGGCCGCGGCCUUCGCGGCGUCGUCAUUCCGCGGCGACGCCGCGCUGCGCGACGCCGCGCGCGCCGCGGCCGCCGGCGCGGAGGCGGCCCGGGGCGAGUGCGACGAGCUCCUCGAGGCCGCGCCGGGCCUCGCGGUCGACGUCGCGGCGGCGCGCGCCGCCGCCGCCGAGGCCACGGCGUUCGCAGCCGAGGCCGGCGCGCUGCGCGCGACGGCGGUCGCGUCGGCGAAGAAGAAGUCCCGCGAGGAGGGCGACGUCCCGAGCGCCGGCAUCCGCGGCUUCAUCCGGCGCACCAGCGAGGAUAUGUCGCCCGCGGGCCAGGAAAAGCUGGAUCACGACUGGAAGCGCGCCCAGGCGACGGCCGCCGUCGUCGAGGGCUGCGCGGACCGCGCGGAGGCGGCGGCCAAAGCCUCGAAGGAGGCCGUCGACGCCGCCGCCGCCGCGGAGAAGCGAGCCGCGGAGGAAGCCGCGGCCGCGCGCGCGGCCCAGGUCGCCGGCGACGCGGCGAAGCUCGCCGCCGAGGCGCGCGCGGCGCGCGAUUUGGCCGUGGACGACGCGACGCCCGCCGCCCGCGCCGCGACGGAGGCGGCGACCGCGCGGACCGCCGCGGACGCGCUCAAGGACCUCGUCGCGGGCGCGGGCGGCGUCGCGGGCCUCGCCGACGCCGAGCAGCUCGCGCAGCAGGCGGCGUCCGACGCCGCCGAGGCCGAGGCCGCGGCCAAGGCCAAGGCGGCGGCCCGAGAGGCCGACGAGGCGACGGCAACGACGCUCGCGACGUCCGCCGCGGCCCUCGAGCUCGUCGGCAGCGACGCGAAGCUCGCGGCGCGCCUCCAAGGCUCGAUCGCCGCCGCCCACGACGGCGCGGCCGCGGCCGCUGCGGCCCACAAAGUCGCCGCGAACAAGGACAAGGCCGUCGUCGCCAAGGCCGCGCAGCUCGCGUCCGUCGCAGACGCGAAGCGGGCGCAGUGCGAGGCGUCUCCCAAGGACGCGGUCGUCGCCGCCGAAGAAGCGCGCCACGCGGCCGACGCGGCCGGCGACCUCAAGCUCAAGUCCGGCGACGCGGCCCUCGCGAACGACCUCGCGGCUCACGUCGCCGCGGCGCGCGCGAGCGCCGACGCCGCCGAAGCGCUGGCCCAGGCCGCGCUCGACGCGGGCACGAAGAUCGCCGCGGCCGCGGAGGCUUUCGCCGAAGUCGCGGCGGAGAAGCGCCGCGCGUGCGAGGUCGCGACGCCCGGCGACGCCGCGGCGCUGGCCGCGGCGGCGCGCGCGGCGGCGACGGCGUGCGGCGCGCUGCCGCCCAAGGUCGCGUGCGGCGGCGAGCCCGAGUUCCGCGUCUGGUCGGCGCUCAAGCGCGCCAACGACGAGGCGACGGCCGCGGAGCAGGCGGCCCACGGCCAGGCGGCGCAGCAGCUCGUCAACGCGUGCGAGGCGAAGGCCGGCGAGGCGAAAGCGUUCCGCAUGGACGCGGACGCGGCGCGGUCGUCGGCGCCGCGCGCGCGCGCGGCCGCGGACAAGGCGCGCGGCGCCGCGGACGCCUGCGCGGCCCUCGCCGCCCAGGUGCCCGACGUGCCCGCGGAGGCGCUGGCGCAGGCGAAGGCCUUCGUGAGCGCCGCGGACGCCAGCGCGCGGGCCGCCGAAGCGGUCGCGGACGCCGCGGAAGCCAAGGCCCGGGCCGGCGGCACCAAGGGCGCCAUGCUCACGCCGAGCCGCCAGAAGUCCAUGAAGCAGUGGAACGCGGACAAGGGCGUCGCGACGCCCGAGGGCGGCUUCGACGCGUUCGACCGCGCGUCCGCGUACUACCGGACCAAGGACAGCGCGGACGGCAUGGCGCUCCGCGAGCAGUGCGAGGCCUUCGCGCGGAACUGCGCCGUCGAGUGCGCCGACGCCAAGGCCCACGUCCACAAGUUCAACGAGAACACGCCCCAGGGCACGAAGAAGGCGUCGUCGGGCACGACGAAGAUGCACGCGCUCAACAUGGCCGCGGCGUGCGUCAAGCGCGCCGCCGACAUGGCGGCCCAGGCGAGCGAGCUCGCCGAGGUCGCCAUCCAGCGCGCCAUCGACAUGAAGAAGAAGGGCGCGCCCCAGGCCGCCGUCGACAAGGCCGACGCGACGGGCAUCGUCGUCCGCGACGCCGCCGCCGCCGCGGCCUUCGACGCGCAGAACGCGGCCCGCGCGUUCAAGACCACGUCCAAGAUCGGCCGCGCCUAGGGACGCGGCCCACGCGCGCCCACGCCUAACCUGGGGUGCUCCGGACGCGUCGAUAUUUCGGCGAUUUUUUUUAAAAUUAGGCU